CAAAAUGGAGGGGAUGAUGGAUUCGUCUGCUGUAACUCUCGUCGUUAAGACACCAAACAGGAGCAUAGACGACCUGCAAAUAAGCUGUGCUUUGAACUGGACUGUGGAGAAACUAAAGAGACAUCUUUCAAGCGUAUACCCUAGCAAACCGGAAAGUAAAAAACAAAGGCUUAUAUACUCAGGACAGCUACUACUCGACCAUCAAACUGUAAAAGAUUUUCUACGAGAGCAUCAAGAUGGUAAAUUGCAUACUGUCCACCUCGUCUGUCCACCAUCAAAUGGUGAAUCAUCACCGUCUACAUCAGUGGAAUCUAGUCCAUCAAGUCCUAAUACAACAAGUAUGACAUCUACYCCAUCCCCCACCCCUACCCCCACAACAACUCAGCCAACCAAUGAAGGACUACGAUACCGAGGGCAUAAUACUCCACCAUUUCCAAUGUUUGCUCCAAGUCCUCCCAUGUGGCCAACCAAUGGACAUCCUCGAUUUCCUCCCCCUAUGUUCCCUCUACCUCCGAACCCACAGAUGACCUAUCAGYUAUGGAUGCAACACAUGCAACAAAUGUAUCAACAGCAGAUGGCUGCUGCUAGCCGUCARCAGCCCAACUUUAUGUUCAUGCCACCCAACAUGCAAAUGCCACAGAUGUCACAAUGGCCWUACCCAAGUCCAUUACCCGGAACAAUGCCUCCGACCACUCCACCAUCACCACAACAAUCAACACCACYGCAAACACCCCAGGCGGCCCCUCCUCCAAACCCAGCCAACGCUCCCCAASGUCAAGCCGCRCAACCCAGAAACCAGGAAGUAAGGAUGAAUGCRCAAGGAGGCAUUGCAGAUGAUGAUGAUGACGAAGAAAAUCAGAAUAAUGAUUGGUUGGAUAAGAUUUACACUUUGUGUCGUGUGGCUAUACUUUUGAGUAUAGUUUGGUUUUAUUCUUCUACGGGACGUUUUCUGAUGUUGAUUAUAUCUGUGUUCUUGAUCUACUUGUAUCAGUUGGGCGUGUUCCAUUGGUUUGUACAGAACAGGAAUCCACAGCCAAGAG